AUGGCGCGUCCUCAAAACAUCGGUAUCAAAGGUUUCGAAAUCUACCUUCCGUCGCAGUAUGUCGACCAAGCCGAGCUCGAACAGGCCGAUGGCAUUCCUGCUGGCAAGUACACUAUUGGUUUAGGCCAGACGCGCAUGGCGUUCGUCAACGACCGUGAGGAUAUUUACUCGCUUGGUCUGACGGUUGUGUCGCGCUUGCUUGCCAAGAACAACAUUGAUCCUGCCAGCAUUGGCCGGCUCGAGGUUGGUACCGAGACGCUUCUUGAUAAGUCGAAAUCUGUCAAGAGCGUCCUCAUGCAGCUGUUUGGCGAGAACCACGACAUUGAGGGCAUUGACACCGUGAACGCUUGUUACGGUGGCACCAAUGCGCUUUUCAACGCGAUCAACUGGGUCGAGUCCUCCAGCUGGGACGGCCGUGAUGCUAUCGUUGUUGCCGGCGACAUCGCCAUCUAUUCCAAGGGCGCCGCCCGACCUACUGGUGGUGCUGGCGUUGUUGCCAUGCUUAUUGGCCCUGACGCCCCUCUAGUUCUUGAGCCUCACCACGGUAUCUACAUGGAGCAUGCUUAUGAUUUCUACAAGCCUGAUUUCACCUCCGAGUACCCCGUGGUUGACGGCCACUUUUCUCUCAGCUGCUAUACUAAGGCGCUUGACGGGGCUUACAGCGUGUAUAACAAGAAGGCCAAGAACACCGACGGUCUGAAGCACUUUGACUACUCAGCGUUCCAUGUGCCUACUUGCAAGCUUGUGACCAAGUCAUAUGCGCGCCUUCUCUAUAACGACUAUCGCCAUGAUCCCAAGUCCGUCGAGGGCGUUCCCGAAGAGAUUGCCGCCGUGGACUACGAGGCGUCUUUCACCGACCGUAAUGUCGAAAAGACCUUCCUCGGUCUGGCCAAAGACCUGUCCACCAAGCGCAUGGCCCCGUCUUUGAUCGCCUCCACCAACACCGGUAACAUCUACACCGGCUCGCUGUACUUGUCUUUGGCUUCUUUGCUCACUUUCGUGCCUCAGGAGGACCUUGCAGGCAAGCGUAUCUCCAUGUUCUCUUACGGCUCUGGCCUUGCAUCUGCGUUCUUCUCUGUGCAAGUCAAGGGCGAUAUCUCCAAGCUGGUUGCCAACUUGGACCUUAAGGGCUUGCUCGAUAACCGUACCAAGGUCAGCCCCAGUGAUUACGAGGCUGCUCUUGAGCUCCGUGAAAAGGCUCACCUGCAAAAGUCCUUCACCCCUGCUGGCUCCACCGACCACUUGCGCAAGGGCACUUACUACUUGACUGCCAUUGACGACAAGUUCCGUCGUACCUACGAGAUCAAGCAGUAG